AUGAGACAGUUCUUGGAUGAACUUCACCUGAUAACUGAACACAGAGAAAAGGGGGAACACAGGCGAGUCAUGGUAUAUGAAGGUGAGCCAGGUAUUGGAAAGACCCGGAUGAUAGAAGAAUGUAUCCGCCAGGCUACAGCUGAACAAAUACGCGUGGUUCCGUGUUCUUUGACUCUGCACGAUUCCAGUGCCCCAUAUCGCGCAGUGACUGCUCUAAUGGAAUUACUCUUGGAAAUAGAAAAUUGCACUAAUCACGUGGAGAGAGAACAUGUGGUAAUGGAACAUAUCAAAGAAGAAUGCCUCAAAGAAAGCCUUUGCUUACUUAAUGAUCUGUUAGGCCUAAAGUUUACCAUUGACACUUGUGUCAUUUUCGUGGUCGACGAUGCACAUUUCAUUGACAAAGACUCGUGGGAUUUCAUCACAGAUCUUGCGGAGGAUUCAUCCGCAGUCUGCCUUCUUGCAAUGAGACCAUUUCCACCCAAUAAAGCGUCAUGUCCUUCCGCAGCAAAGGUACUGCAGAACCCCGCUACAUUGCACAUCAAGCUGCACGGUAUACCACAAGAAUACCUGGAAGAGUUGGCCUGCCAGAUUCUUAACGUUAUCGCGAUUCCCAAGGAAUUGCUGAAGAUUUUACAAGAGCGUAGUCAUGGCCUUGCUUCAUGGUGUGAACAACUCAUCAACGACAUGUUUAUCAGUGCCAAAAUAAAAGUCAUACAAGGCACAGAAAUUAAUCACGAAGAAAGUGAAACAAAUACUCAGGAAAGGACCACCAAAGUGUGUGUCAUUUCACCCAAUGUCAAUCUCAGUGAGAUUCCAGUCCCUGACUCAAUGACGGGUAUGUUACUUGCUAAAAUAGAUCGGCUGAAAUCUGCUGAUCAAAUGGUUGUCAAAUGCGCUGCAGUGCUAGGAUUGACUUUCACUCCAAGUUUGUUAGAAGUCGUUGUUCCUAACACUAGCAGUAAGCGAAUACGAAUGGCACUGCAUUCGCUGAUGCAGUCUCGUGUAUUUGAAUGUGCCACGCCCAAGACUCACACUAACAGUGAGUUUAGCAGCAUAAAUUAUCAUGGUCAUCACAAUAAACUCUCAUCUCGCGUUGAGUGUCACUGUCUUUGUAGCUUGGAGAGCACGGUGGAUGAUCAUUCCAACAUUGCCAACUGCAAGUUGUUACGUUUUAGGACCUCUAUGAUGCAAGAGGUUGCGUACACACUGUUUUUAAACGAGCAAAGACGGUCUCUGCAUGAACAAGCAGCCUUGUUUCUGGAGUCGCGAGCACACAAGUGUAGAUCAUGUGGCGGUGGUGAGUGUGUACCACAUUACCAGUCUCUCUCCCACGACAUGACGGUGACUACUAAACCGGAUGAUCGGAGGAAUUCCAAGUCAACAUCGAAAGGCGGAACCUCAUCUGGUUCAGGGUGGCGAGCAAAGUCUCGGUCUAACAAGAAAAAUCGUGUUUCUAACAGGAUAUUCCAAGCAGACACACGUGGCGGACUUGGUAUUCUCGAUGAGCAAGAUAACCUAGCGCCUCGUCGAACUAGCAUCCUUGACAGUGUCAGAAAGUUUUUCCGGAGAAACAACCAAGUAGAUGAUGACGAUGAUCAAUCAAAACUCGCGGCAGCAAGUGCAAGGCGAAACAGGAGAACGUCUCUCGAACUCAGUGACAAUCUGAAAAAUAACAUUGGAGGUGACGUAAUUAGUGAAGAAUUGAUGUAUCGCGAGAUCGAUUUACGUGACUGUGAAUGCCCACAAGUGUUAGCCUCUGUUUAUCCACAAUUGGUGAGGCAUUGGAAAGCUGCCAGCAACACUGCAAGGACCAUUCACUUCUUGACGGAAGCUGGUGGCGCAGCCGUUGCCACUCAUAACAAUAUGGCGGGGCUAUCCUAUCUACUAGAAGUACAUCACAUGCUGAAAUCUCUAGAAGCUGGUAAGAAACCGUUUCCAGACGACCCUGAAGAAAAACCAAUUAUAGAGGACGAAACAAAAGCCAGAGUCGAGAGACUUAUAGGGCAGGCAUUGUUUCACAUGGGGAGGCUGGAAGAAGCAAUGCCUCACCUUAAACGUGCUUUGAAGGUGUUGGGCAACAAACAACCAACGACUAGAAUGGGUGUAUAUUUCCGACUAAUGGUUGAAGGCUUCAUUCAAUGUUUGCACUUGAAAAACCCGCAUAAAUACGUUGGACGUGCAUCGGUCAUCGACUGUAAUAGAUUCGUUGAACAGGCUCGUUGUCUAUCCCAUGUGUGGCAUGGAUACCACGAAGCACAUGAUGACACAUGGGCGUUGUUAGCGGCUCUACAACACGUAAACCGUGCGGAGAAGGCAGAUGAUGAUUUUCAUGAUUUGAUGGAAGGAUACUGCAUAAUGAUGGAAUCCUGUCAUGCCCUGCUUUGGUUCCGUCGGGCCUUAGUCUACGAAGAGUUGGCUUUGAACAGAAGUCUUGAAAUUGGCAAGCUUUCAACUGAUCUCUCCACAUUAGGUCAUCUGUAUUCUGUAGUAAUGUCACUGCGUUUAGCUGAUGGACGCAUACAGAAAGCGGUGGAAGCAGGUGUUUUGGUUAUGAGACUACCAGUGAAGUCAACUCCACACACGGCAAAUGGGGGCAUCAUAUUUACGCGAUAUGAUGGUAACGGUGCUUGA